GCUCACUCUCCUCGCUCAACUUCCUGUGAUGUCAGGCUGGAGGAAGUAGCAGUGUGGGGACAAGUCUCUCGGAGUGUAGGAGUAGAGAGAGAGAGUCUCACCGAGGUGUAACAAGGUGGGUAUACCGUGUAACCCUAAGGAUGGUACGGAUUUUGGCCAAUGGAGAUAUUGUACAGGAUGAUGACCCCCGGGUGAGAGCAAAUGCUCAGCAUCGGGAGAACAUCUCCAGGCAGGAGUUUUUCAACGUGGUGCCUAAUGCAGGCCAUGCUCCACCGCAGCAGCAAGCUGCCAGGCCCGGGGGGCGCUCUCCAUUUUCCGAACUGAACCAACAGCUAGUGAACAUGGGAUUUCCCCUCUGGAACCUCGGUAACCACGUGGUGGAGCCAGUGAUGUCCAUUCUGCUGCUUUUCCUCCUCAUGAUGGUGGGCGUGCGGGGGCUUCUGUUGGUGGGCCUUAUCUACGUGGUCUCACACCUCAGUCAGCGGUGACAAUGUCCUCUUACAGGCCACCACGGCUACCUGCUCGGUGACGAUUUCCUUGGCAGGCGUGUGUGUGUUUGUGAGUGAGUGUGUGUGUGUGUGUGGGGGGGGGUACACGUGUGCACAGGGGCAUAGCUGUAUAUUCUGAAAGUGUCCGUAUGUACCAUUGCAGGGGAAUUGAAGUGAGGCUUUUUUUUUUCCCACAUUAAGCUGCUCUGUUUUAGGGUUGUCCAAGCGAGGCCUGGCUUUCCCUGGAGCUUCCAUCCCCAGCUAGAGAAGUCACGCUAGAAGUCCAGCCAUAGAAAGGGUCUGGCAUGUCAUGUUGUGUCAUCCAGCACUAACGAGAUCCAGUGUCUCGCCCUGAGGGGACCUGACCUGGGAGCUUCAUUUUCAUCUGCAGGUGUGAAGGGCAGGAGGGGUCUCCAAGGAGCGAUGAAACAAACAUGAUGUGAGACAAUUUGAAAACAGCUUGGAGAAGGCAGGGUUUGCCAUGCAAAUUAGUGAUUUGAUCUUAGAGGUGUAUUAGAAGGGAAAUGUCAGUUAAAAGAAGAAGAAAUAUUGAUGGGCUUGACUGACAGCACGUCUUAAACGCAUGGGACUGGAGGGCUAUAAUAAGGGCCUGAAGGGGGUUGUUAAAAUAAAAAGUGGAGAGACCAGAAAGGAGCUUGAAGAAGAUUAAAACAGGGAAGAAGAAAAGUGUCUGUAAAACAGAUGAUGCCACCUGUGAUUUCGUCUUGCCUGGGUUGUCAGGGAUAUUUGUGUUUGAACAAGAACUUGCUCCCUUUCUUCUGCUGUGUGGGACUAUUGUCACUGCAGGUGAUAUCUUUGCCCUUCUGCAAUGGAAAUGAUUCCAGCAUUCAGAACCAGGGGAAGUUGGACUUGGAAAUGUGUGGCUGGAGGAACCAAUUUUUAAACAAUAGACAUGGAUAAUUUGCAAAAGUGGAAAUGAAACACAUCUGCUAAAAGAUCAUAUUAGAGAGGGGUUGUUUUUGGUGUGGUGUAUUUUAAAGCCUUCUUCAAUCCUUUGUUAAGGCUAAGAAACAGAAGAACUUUCCCCUGGAUGAGCUGAGAAUGAGUGGGCAAUAUUUCUCCUCCAUUUGAUAAAUAGGAUUGGGCCCCAACAAAAACAGCAGAUCCAGACUUGGGAAGUUCACAUCCCAUCUGGAUCCAUAUUUCAGGUCUAUUUGUCAUUAUAGUGGGCCAAACCACACCCACAAAUUUGCAGGGAGUAUUUAAAUUCUGUGAGGUUUGGAUUCAGAUCUAGAUACAGUUUUGAAUUCUGACUUGGGACCAUAUUGGCUUAUAACAGCUUUAUUCUUAGUGUUUUCGCGCACACGUGUGUGUGUAUGUGUUGGAGAGGAGGAGCCUUGCUGAACACUUGUGUAGCGUGCAUGGACAGAGUGGUUCUUGUUUUUGUUCAAUAAGCAGAGUGAAGGAAAUUGUGUAUCACAAAUUGACUGUAAAUUUCAGCCUUCCCCUGUGGAGGGUAAUAAUGCCAAGAGCAACACCUCAGGUUCUCCUCUGGUUCCUGUGAUAAUGAGAACCUUCUGCUGAAACAACAAGGAGAAAAAACUGAAACAUGACAUUUUAUAAUAAAAUUGAAGUUGUUCUGUGACUCUGGUACAUAAACUUCUUUCCAAACUU